AUGGCGCUCAAAGCACAAGUCGGUCAAAAGAUUAUGAAUGAAGUCAUCAAGCAGAAAAAGAAGUCUGAUCGUGGAGUAGAAUGGAGAAUCCUUGUAGUAGAUCAAUUGGCAAUGAGGAUGGUAUCAGCGUGCUGUAAAAUGCAUGAUAUAAGUGCACAGGGUAUAACGUUGGUAGAGGAUAUUAACAAAAAACGAGAACCAUUACCAUCGAUGGAGGCGAUUUACCUUAUCACUCCGUGCAAUGGCUCUGUGCAAAAACUCAUCGACGAUUUUAAUAAUCCUACGAGAACUACCUACAAAAAUGCCCACGUUUACUUCACUGAAGCGUGUCCUGAUGACAUUUUUUCAAUGUUACGUAAAUCUCCAGUGGUAAAAUAUAUAAAGACUCUGAAAGAAAUCAACAUUGCAUUUAUACCAUAUGAAGAGCAGGUGUUCUCAUUGGAUUCACGUGAAACCUUCCAAUGUUUCUACAAUCCUUCAUUCAUCAAUGUUCGGAGUGCUAAUAUGGAAAGAAGUGCUGAGCAAAUAGCAACGCUUUGUGCCACUCUUGGAGAAUAUCCAUCUGUCAGAUAUAGAAGUGACUUCGAUCGCAAUGUUGAGCUAGCACAAAUGGUUCAACAAAAGCUAGAUGCCUACAAGGCAGAUGAGCCAACAAUGGGAGAAGGACCCGAGAAAUCUCGCUCACAAUUGCUGAUUCUUGAUCGCGGAUUUGAUUGUGUUUCACCUUUACUUCAUGAACUUACGCUGCAAGCUAUGGCUUAUGAUUUACUUGAUAUCGAGAAUGAUGUUUAUAGUUAUGAAGCGUCAGCAGGUCAAGCUGAAAAAGAAGUAUUGCUAGAUGAAAAUGAUGAACUGUGGGUUGAAUUAAGGCAUCAACAUAUUGCCGUUGUCUCUCAAAAUGUUACAAAAAACCUUAAAAAAUUUACGGAAUCAAAGAGAAUGCCGCAAGGCGAUAAACAAAGCAUGAGGGAUUUAUCGCAGAUGAUAAAGAAAAUGCCUCAGUAUCAGAAAGAGCUUAGUAAAUAUGCGACUCAUUUGCACUUGGCUGAAGACUGUAUGAAACGUUAUCAAGGCAAUGUCGAUAAACUCUGUAAAGUCGAACAGGACUUGGCUAUGGGUACUGAUGCUGAAGGAGAACGUAUUAAGGACCAAAUGCGUAAUAUUACUCCAGUGUUGUUGGAUCAAACCGUUGCUAACAUUGAUAAAUUACGUAUUAUUGCGCUAUAUGUUCUUAGUAAGAAUGGAAUCAGUGAAGAAAAUCUUAAUCGGCUUAUACAUCAUGCUCAAGUGUCCCCUGAUGAUAAGCAAACUAUCAUGAACAUGGCUCUCUUAGGCAUUAACGUUGAUGGUAAAGGCAAGAAACCUUAUACAGUUCCCCGAAAAGAAAGGAUUACCGAACAGACAUAUCAAAUGAGUCGUUGGACUCCAGUGGUUAAAGAUAUUAUGGAAGAUGCUAUUGACGACAAAUUAGAUCCAAAACAUUUCCAAUUUUUAGCAAGUCGAGCUGCUAGUUCUGGUUACCAUGCACCAACUAGUGUACGUUACGGGCAUUGGCACAAAGACAAAGGCCAACAAACGAUUAAAAAUGUUCCUCGCUUGAUUGUUUUUAUCGUUGGUGGAGUUUGCUUCUCAGAAAUUCGCUGUGCAUAUGAAGUAACGAAUGCAUUGAAAAAUUGGGAAGUUAUAAUUGGUUCUUCACAUGUUAUAACCCCUAAAUCCUUCUUGUCGGAUUUAAGUAAAGUUCACAUCUAAAAACUUGACUGAAUUAAUAAUUUACGACUUUACAAUUGUAUGUAAUUAGAGAUUCUUUGCUUUAUUAACAUUCAUGAGUAUCAGCGAUAUCAAUUAAAUUUAAACUUGAAGCAAAUAAUAAAUGCAGCAUCAUAAUAAAAUAUUUCAUCAUACAUCAUUAAAAUCAAUGAAUUAAUACUCGCAGUUAUGAUACACUGUCAGCUUAUAUUAAGUGCCUGUGAGAAUGAACUUUUAGAGAUUUGAUUGAAAUUCCUGAUACAACUUGAUGUUAAUUUGAAGCAAUUAAUUCAAGUCGAUUAUAAGCAAUACAAAAAAGAUAUAUAUCCUGUUUUCAUUCGUGUUUAUUAAAUCUCUAUUGGUUUGAAUUCUAUCGUAGUGGCGAAUGUGAUAGAUGUAUAAAUGAAAUUGUUAUUUAUAUUUUGGAGCUCUGAUUCUAGCAAAAAUUUCAUCAAAUUGUACGGUAUGAUACGUGAAAUAGAGAGCUGUAGAUCAAUAAUUAUGACGGCAAUAGUCCGAAGGAUAAAUCUAUAAAUUUAAUUAAUGAACUAAUGAAGGAGGGAUACUAUGAUGAGUGCAAGUGCAGUAUUAAUUUAAUUUUUAACUAAGUAUUAUAACUUUUAUCACGAUUGACUCAUUCAUUU